AUGUCUGAACACAAGAGUGCAGCCGGCAGUGACGGGACCCUUCAGGCCAAGCAGCGCCAUGACAUCACUCUGCAGUGGGAUCGCCCGGUACUGGACCUGUUGGCAGGCGGGUAUAAUAUGCAUUAUGGAGCACGCUCCAUCAAGCAUGAGGUUGAGCGGCGGGUCGUCAACCAGUUAGCCGCAGCGUACGAGCAGGAGCUGCUGCCAAAGGGCUGCACGCUGCGUCUGUCCGUCCAAUCAGAGGGCGAGGAGGAGCAGAGCUCUCCGAGUCUGCGGCUCGAGGUGGUGGGAGAGGACAGCUCGUCGAGAACGCUGGACAUCCGUCCACCGCUCAGCCCCGAACACUGACAAAGAGCUAACAACACUAAGGAUCUACACAGAUAUGUAUGCACACAUGUACACCUACCACACAUAUCAUCUUCAUCGUCAUGGUGAUGCGGUGUCAGGAUGGAAGAUUCAUGAUGGAUGUUACCAAUAAAAGUACCUCUGAUAAAUACAGCACCAAUGCCUCUGUUUCAGUCACACAUGCAGUAACUUCAUGCCAAUUUGUCCACAACCUGCAGUCCAGGAUCUGCCAACAGGAAAUCAACUAAUCCUCUGCUAACGUUAAUGGAACAACCAGCCUUCAAAGCAGCUGGAGUUGAGAUUAAGAACCAUGCUGACAUUUGAUAUAAAACUUACGCCCGAGCCACGCUGCACGUGUGAGCAGAACGUCUUGCUUUUCAGUUGGCGCCCAUGAUAUCAAGUUAGAGCGGCCACACUCUUCCAGAGAGUCAGUCUUGCCUAUUUUCUCUGCAGGCCGCACGCAGUUCAAAAAAAGAUAGACAGUAAAAAUGAUCAUGCACCCAGUGUGACCCGGGCGUUAAGCACUGACUGUGAAAUGUAGAUGUGUCAUUGUUGUAGCAUAGAAGCUUCAGUGUGUCUGUGCAGCCUCGUCUUCAUCAGACAAACUUAUCAUCUGUGGGUUGAAGUCAUCGUAUAAACUAAUAGGAACUUACUCUUACUCUGUUGAGUAGAACACUAACACAGGCAAAGUAUUUAUUGAAGAUAUUAUAUAUUGUAUAUUUAAGUUAAGGCGAGGAACAGUGGUAGAUGUGACACUGAGAAGAUAAACGAAGAUUCAGGGAUCUAUUAGAGCUUUUGCAUGCGUUUGCAGAGAUGAAGAAUAGAAUAGAACGUGUAAAAGAAAGAAGUUGUUUAUUCCAUGAGGCCAUCAUUUUAAAAAUAAAUAAAUAACAGCCAAUUUCUCCUGGGAAGGAAAAUGAAGCAUCAAUGACCAAAGAUAGUUUGACAUUGCCUCUGUUUGUCACUUUAAUGCACGUCUCACAUGUGGAGAAACCCUCACCAACAUUUACAAUUAUAAAUAUAUGUUUAGAAAAAACAGCCUGCUUAUUCAUUUUAGUAAAUAAUGUGUUAGUGGAGGAAAAACGUGUAUCAGUCACUUUGAGUUAUGGAUAAUAAAACCUCCUGGUGAAUAGUUUCUGUUGAUGCAUGUUAAAGUAAAGAAGCGUCGUCUGUCACGGCGGCGCUCUGGUGCUGUACAGUGUGUCUCUUUGUGACAUUAAGAGAAAUUUAGAGUCGUAAAGAAACAAUAAGUGUUGUAUCAUAAAUGUUUGAACGGCAUGUCGACAAGGCGCCAAUGGUAGUCGAGCAACAUCCCUCAUUGUUGUUUCCACUGUGUAAAUAAAGUCGUC